AUGUCACAGUCUCUCACCUACAUGCAGACGCGCUUGACCUCUGAAGCAGUAGAUCAUAUCAGUCUUCUGCGUGACGUUGACGGCAUCGAUUCUCUUGCCAACGAGCUUCGCCAGACCCAGGAGACCGAUAGCGCUGCCCAGAGUCCGACUCGACAGUCACUAAAUCCGCGCGUCCAAUUUUUACGCCUCUCAGCGAUCGUUCGAGGACGGGUGGGUGUGCCUGGAGCAACCCCUCCGUAUCAGCCAGUUCCGCCGUCUCUGUACCGUGCGCUGAGUCUCGAUCAGGACGAGAGCGUGGGUCAAGGCGAAGUGAGCAGUCCCUCACCCUUGCGCAAUUUCGCUUUGUCGAAUUACCCCGUCCGGUAUGAGUCACGGCGAGCCGGGCAUAUAACAACGCAGCCGGCAAUUGGAGGUUUCUCAAGAAAGCUUUUCCACAAAGCCACCAAGAUGCCUCAGACGGGUUUCCAGGCUCUGAUACUGUGCGGUCCGGGCAUCGGGCUCAGCACCUUCACCAGUGUGCCUGCAGAGUAUCCCAAGGCCCUCGUUGAAGUCGCAAACCGGCCCAUGGUCUGGUAUGUCUUGGAUUGGUGCUAUCGAAUGGGCGUGACAGACAUCACCCUUAUAACCCCGCCAACAUCCAAGGACACGAUCGCCGCUGCUCUUGCUCAAAACCCUUACCUCACGUCUCUUCCGUCGCCCUCGGCCGAUCUCCUGGCGCCAGAGUGUCUAGAGUACACAACGCCAACGGCAGAGCUGCUGAGGCUGCCAGAGGUGCAGCAUGUGAUCAAAUCAGACUUCUUGGUACUUCCCUGCGACCUGAUCUGCGAUAUAUCAGGGGACCAUUUCUUGGAGACGUAUUUUACCAGGCUAGGCGGCCCUGGCGGGAUUGGUGCUAUCUCAGGCCUAGACUUUGACACGUCACGAAAUGAGCUGCUAUCACUUGGAGGUGAACGACGCGGCCGGCGGGGCGGCCUUUCAAUAUGGUACAACACGGCCGAUCGGGAGGAGAGCGUCAAAGGCGAAGAAUGCGACUUUAUGUGUACCUCUAAGCUUGACCCUGAGCACGACCUGCCUCUCUCCAAAACUGCCACUAUGCAAACCCAGGGAGUACUUCGCAAACUGGUCUGGACGAUGCCCAUGUCCGAGCUAUGGGACCAGUGCGAGGAGGACAAGUCCUGGAAGAUUCGACAGUCACUCCUCCGCAAAUAUGGCGCAAUCAAGUGCAUGACCAGAUACCGCGACUCACACAUUUAUUUCUUUCCCUACUGGGUGAAGGAAUUUGCCAAGUUCAACGAAGACUUUGAGUCCGUCAGCGAAGACCUCGUGGGGACGUGGGCAAAAGCUGAAUGGCGCAAACCGAGCUAUCGUGCACGAUUCGGUGCACGGAAGAUAUUCACACACCGUCUCAGCUCUAAAGAGAAUGAGAUCCCCUCACAUGAACGGCCAAUUGAGGAGGAAAUCGAUUUGUUAUCACUGAGCAGUACUCAUGUCACAAAUCAUCCCCUGCCCCAGUCUACAGAUGCGCCACGCACAGCCCGGCUCGCAUCAAGGGUGCGCAGGGACUCGGAUGACAGAAUCCUCUCCGCAGACAGCGAAUCGCAAGCUUCUGAAGAAUCAGGACAUGUGCCGCUCGUUCCUCCUAUCCUCUCAUACAUACUGCCAUCAAGUUCGGACGCACCCUUGGUGCGCCGGGUGGAUAACACUCCCCUCUUACUGUCCGUUUCACUCUCCCUCGCCAAGCUGCCGUCGAUCGAAGAAUGCCUGGGCAACAAAUCAGCAGUGCCACCUUUCUCUCACCCAGCCAAAAUCCAUGCUACCGCCACCAUCGCGCCGCGGGUGACGAUAUCUCGCUCCGACACGCUCAUCGACAGUAAUAGCACAAUCGCGACGCAGUGCGUGAUCAAGAACAGCGUCAUUGGGGCCUCGGUCGCGAUCGGCACAGGAAGUCGGAUCACAGGCUGUGUGAUUAUGGAUGGCGCAACAAUCGGGGAUAAAUGUGUCUUGACGGGUACAGUUGUAGGAAAGAAGGCCAAGAUCGGCAAUAAGUGCUCAUUGACGAACUGCGAGGUGCAGGAUGGAAAUGUGGUUGGUGAUACUACUGAAGGUAAAGGCGAGAAAUAUCUAGUCGGCGGCUUAGAAGAUGAGAUGGAGGGCGAAGAGGGGAUGGGUUUUGACGAUGACACACAGGACGCGGAGGAUGAAGGAGAAGGCCUGAGCCUAGGAGAGCCAUGA